AUGCUGCACCAGAUUCUUGGUCAGGACAAGAAGUAUCUGAGUUUUAUCCCUCUCUUCGUGUUUAUUAGAGGUGGAGGCACUGGGGCAUCACUGUAUGUCAUACGUCUGGUGUUAUUUAAUCCAGAUAUCAGUUGGGACAAAAAGAACAACCCAGAACCGUGGAAUGGGAAUUGGGACCUGGGGCCCAAUGAACAAUAUAAGUUCUUCACAGUUAAUACGGAUUACAGCAAACUGAAGAAAGAAGGCCCUGCCUUCUAA